CAAACCCAAAACCCAACCAAACCAGAAACAGAGUAAAAAGCUCCCCAGAAAGACAAAAUCCGGCCAAAUGCUUUGUCGUCGAUUAAUAAUCUCAAAAACCCUUCCUUUCUUAAAAAACCCAUCUUUAAUCUCAUCUUCAAAACAUCAUCAUUUGAUUCAAAACAAACCCUUAAGAAAUCCUCCUCCUUUUAUUUCAAGAUUUUUUUCUACAAAUAAUAAUGGGUCUAAUGAUGAUAUCUGGAAAAUCAUAUCACCAUCAAAUGAAGAAAACGAUAUAUUUAAAGAAACUGAGGAGAAAAAAUCUGAAAAAGAAAUAAUGGGUGGUGAGAAUUUUGAUAUUGGUAAUAAAGGAAAAGAAGAAGGGGUGAAAGAUGUUGUUUGGAAAUUUGUGGAGGGUGGAAAUGAAAAUGAUGUUAAAGAUGAGAUUUUUGAUAUUGGGAAUGAUGUUAAUGGUGGUGUUGAUUUGGGUAAUGGGGUUUCCGAAUUUGUCGGGUUUGAUGGGAAAGUUGAAGAAAGUGGUGAUAAUGAUGAGAAGGUUAGUAAAGAGGAAGAUAAGUUACUCGAAAUCGAGGAGAACGCGUUAAAACAAGUACUCGAAGGUCCAAAUCAUGCAUUUGGUGAUUUAAUUGCUGCAUCGGGAAUCACAGAUGACAUGCUAGACAGUUUAAUGGCCCUCAAGGACCUAGAUGAUGUCCCUGGAUUGCCCCCACUUAGCACAAUUGAGGAUAUGCGUUAUCAAAAGAACACCAACAAGUCUACUAGAGCUGACAUAGAACGACAAAAGCAAGAGGAAAUUGCCAAGUCACGAGUUAGGCAAGUGGAUAGUGAGGGUAGGGCUUAUGGGACAGGGAAAAGGAAAUGUAGCAUUGCGCGUGUCUGGAUUGAGCCAGGUGAUGGUAAAUUUGUCAUCAAUGACAAACAGUUUGAUGCCUAUUUUCCGAUGCUUGAUCAACGAGCUGCUCUUCUUCGUCCUCUCUCAGAGACAAAAACGUUGGGUCUUCUGGAUAUUAGUUGUACUGUGAAAGGUGGUGGUAUGUCAGGUCAAAUUGGCGCAAUCCGUCUUGGCAUGAGUAGGGCAUUGCAGAACUGGGCACCGGAUCAGUUCCGUCCUCCUUUGAAAGAAGCUGGUUUCUUGACCAGAGACUCGAGAAUUGUGGAAAGGAAGAAACCUGGUAAGGCCAAAGCAAGAAAGAGCUUCCAGUGGGUCAAGCGUUGAUCGGUUUUUAUGUUAUCUGCACUUCUAAUAUCGCAAACAACUCAGAUGCACGAUGUAAGCUAAAAGCAUACACAUAUUGCUUCAUGAUUACAAGAUCCCAGCUUACAACAUUAUCAUAUAAUCACCUUUUUGAAGUUGGUAAACUUUGUUUGUUGUCUCUAGUAACUUAGAGUUUGGUUGAAGUAGUUACUGGUUUCUAGCAGUUUUUAGGUUCCAUUGCAAGAACCACAAAAGUAAUAAUUUUGUUAUUGGAUUAUCGUUCAGUUGCAAGCAGAGACACACUUUACAAAUUGGUUACUAUUUUCUUGUAUGGUAGAACUAUUCGGUUA